AUGCCGGCGCUAGGCAAACCAUCCAACCACCCAAUUUAUCCUCGCCCCGUCUCCCCUCUUCACUACGAACCCUUGUAUACCCGCCCUGAAGACGUCCUCUGGGAGCAAGACUCUGCCGGGGAUAGAAGCGAUAAUGAUGAAGUUGUCAGGGCAGCGAAGAGACGAAGGAUUGAAAAGCUGGGCGAGGCUUAUUUGAGGGGCGACGGAUUGUUGAUUUUGAGUGCUGGAAUCAGGGGGCCGUUAGGAGAUGGAUGGAUAAAUCCUUGGAAGAAAAGGAAGAGAAGAAAGGGAGUCUCGGGACGGGCGGGAUCGGAUGUCCAGAGGAAGGCAGAGGUUCCUGAGACCGUUCAGAGAGCUGAUGUUGGGAGAGAUGACGAGCAGGCAAAGGCUGUUUUGCAUACGAAGAAGCCCAAGAUCGAAGUGGCAAUACAUACUGUGGAACAGAAGCGGAGCAUACCAGCAGUACAAGAGUUGGAAGAUGCCAGACACUUACAUGGCCAACACGAUCCCUUCGCUGCGAAUGCUAACAUUCCGAAGAGCAAGAAAACACCAGAAGAACCUCACCCAGAGAGCUGGCUUAAGAAGGACCGCUUUGAUGUGAGGUCGCCCCGCGACAUCUAUGCUGAAGACGCUCAAUUGCAACUAUCCUCUCCCUCGUCUCGAAGCAAACCGCCAUGCCCUUCCGAAAGGACUGCCUCACCGAAGGCUGAGUACGACGCGCCCCAGCCACCGAUUCUUCCUCUGCCUGACGCUUCGGAUGGACGAGCUGAGACAAUGAUCAAGCUACUCCGGAGACGCAACGAUCCUCCCAAGUCACCGAUAAGCCAUCGAGCACAGCACAUUGCAGAUGCUCGAAUGGACAAACAGCCACAACCUACAUCUUGCGAAGCAGAAAGACCCGCUCCACCCGAGCCAACUGAACCAUCUACAAACUCCGAUACACAAGAACGAGUUGAGAAUAAGACAGUGGAGCAGACCACGACCAACCCAGACGAGUCCAAUGGGCAGAAGCCACCGUUGCCACCAGCGCAGGCUUCGUCUGUUGAACGUAACACUCUGCAGACUCAAAACUCACUAGCACAAGAACUGUCUGCAUCGGUUUUUCUUUCGGCGAUUGAUGAGCCAGAUGUUCGCACCAGUCCGCCUCUCAUUUCUUCCAAUGACAACGAUCCCGCACUUUCUAAGCAACAGGAACGAGAACAGGGUCCCAUAGACGCACAUCGAAUGCCACCGCCGACUCUAUCCACAGUGACAUCUAACACUACUGUGGUCAGCGUAUUGCCAUCAGCGCAAGCCGAACCAAGAGCUCACGCUCCACCACCGAACGAAUCUCUUCUUUCCACAGGAGACAAGCUAUCAGAAAAAACCCACGACCAUCUCCACUGUGAUGAAAACAUUUCCUUCCAGUUCUCUACUCAAGCUGCUAUCGUAGCAGCCCACUGUCAACUACAAAACGAACUCACCACACCUCAAAGCCCCAAUGACCAACUCGCAGCAGCCAUAACCUCGAAUCCCUCCACGACGAAAGCCAAAUCUAAGAGCGGCAUCACCCUCUUCAGCGCCUUCAACAAGCCAGGCAAGACACCCCUAGCCGAUGGCUCCCCAAACACCCAAAAAAUGCUUAAUGCUGUAACCCCGUUUGAUCUCCAUACUACAAUCAAGAAAGGUUUCCCCUCCAUCCCUCCUGCAGAUGCCGAGUCACCCACCCUCGCCAACUGUAAAGCUGUCACAAAGGGAACGAGACGGAAAGUCCGGAAGAAGGCUUCUUUCGCGCCUGACGCCGCCUCUACCGCCGGAUCUAACAGCGGCUCAUCCCAGGGUUCGAUCAAAGCGAGUCUCAAGGUGUGUAAGCAUGCAGCCGAGAUGCACUCUCUCAACAGCACAAAGAAGGCCGAGAACAGAGGGGUGGCAGCCUCAGCCGGCUCCACAGGGCCCGAAGUCUCCGAGUUCGGCAAGUUGGGCCUCGACAUGGAGACUUCUGUGGAAGACCAAGUCGACGAGCCAGAGCCGGCUCUUCCUGCUACUACUGGAGGAGGAGAAGAGGAGGAGAAGGAAGGAGAAGAAGAAGAAGUGACGGCGGUGGUUGAUUCCUUUUCCCUCUCGAAGCACACAAGCACGAACCAGACUUGGUGCAAAACGACCACAACCAGCGAGAGUGCGGGUGCAAAGCAGGAUGCGCAGAUGGCCGGUCCUGCUGGAAUGGCGAUCCUCCCUCACCAUGUUCCCCUGCAGCAGAGCGAUACCAGCAUCAGCAAUGCUAGAGACAGGGCCAGCGGCAUCGGUGGUGCACUCGAAGAGGAUGGAAAUGAAAAUGAAAAUGAAAACGAAGGGGAAGGACAAAAGACCUUCGACCUCUCCGCCGCAAUGGACGAGGUGGGCAGUUUUCUGCAGAGCUGGGAUACCGAGAGGGAGGUCAGGCAGAUCAAGAGGAGUCAGUUUCAGAGUAUGGAUGCGAAGGAGAAUCACAUCGAGACGGAUCAGCGGCGGAUGGGGACCGGGAACGGGAACGGAAAAGCGAUACCGGAGCUGAGGACCUCGUUGAGGCAGCUGAGGCAUCGUUCGCGGAGAUAG